CUGAUGCCAUUUUAAGAGCUUAUCCUCUUGUUACCACCAUAUCCCAAGCAUUUGCCGGCAUGUCCUACAAGAUCGGUGUCAUCCUCGGCUCCACACGGCGCGCCUCAAACACCCUCGGCUUCUCAAACUACUUCGCAUCUCUAGUCUCCAUUCACUUCCCUAACCUCACUCUCGAGACUGUCCAUCUCGCCAACUCUCCGGGACACCCACUCCCACUCCUCCUCGAGGAUAUACCGCCUGCCGGUCACCCAAAGGAUACACUGCCUGAUGCGUACAAAGACGAAUCUGUACGAAAGUGGUCUGCCACUGUUCUGGGAUGGGACGGAGCCAUCAUAAUCACACCGCAAUACAAUUGGUCCCUCCCUGCACCUCUCAAAAAUGCGCUUGACCAUCUUUUCAAUGAAUGGGUCGACCUUCCUGUGGGACUCAUUACCCUCGGUGGGCAUGGCGGUUCAAAGGUCCACGACCAGCUUAAGACCAUUUGUGGUGGGGGAUUAGAUAUGAAGGUGGUGGAGAAAGGGGUCGAGGUGAAGAUAGCGGGAGAAUUGAUCAGGGGAAAAGAAAGGAUGCAUGGGGAUGAGGCAUGGUUGAAGGAGUACGAUGGACGGGUGAAGGAUGUUGUCAAAGAGUUGGUGGCUUUGGUAGAGAAGAGGCGGGGAGAGAAGGAAGGGGAUGUGGUAGCAGCUCAGGUUACGGCGUAGGGUGGUGCUUAUACACUGUUAGAAAAUAUAGGUUGGGUGAUCGAGUCUUAGUUUUGAAGUGGUAUACAGAGAAUAGAAUACCUCAAACCCGUAUAAAAAGCGUAUCGCAGAAACAUUUGCAGACGGCGACCACAAGCUAGGGCGGCAUGGGUACCAGUAUAUUCUCCAAAGGCUUUUUCUGUUGCUUCCCGUCACAUCAUUUUUCCAAUGUUGCAUUGCUUCCUUGAAGGAGUUGAGAGUCUUUCAUGCAAUAUAUCUAUUUUG